AUGCGGAUGAUGGGUCGUCCCUUGAGCCCCUUGUACCGUUGGUACAUCUACGCCAUCCACGGCUACUUCUCAGAGGUGAUGUUCACGGCCACCUGGGCCUUUGUGGAGGACCGGGACUGGAAGUUCCAAGGGGUGACCAGCAUCUGGGCCUUCUUCAUCUACGGGACGUGUAGUUUCGCCUUGGAGGGCCUCUUCCGGUUCUUGCGGCCCCACUGCGGCUUGUUUGCCCGUUGCAUCCUCUACACCAUCUGCAUCUACCUCUGGGAGUUCUCCACCGGGUACUUCCUCCGCCUCUUUGACGCAUGUCCUUGGGACUACAGCGCAUUUAAGUACAACUUCAUGGGGCUGGUGACACUCGAGUAUUGUCCCUUCUGGUUCUUGGGGUCCCUCCUCCUAGAAAGGUUCCUCAUCCAUAACACACUCCGACUCCGGCUGGAGGAACGGCCAAAAUCCAAGGAAAGGUCCAUGCCCAGGUUUGAGCUGAAAGAGGACUGA